AUGAAAGAUCGUCACAAAGAAGCAGCGAGUAGCGAGUUGGCCGAUAUACUAUUUCCUGGUUUCUCGAAUAAUAUCUCGACAUUAAUCGCUGCUGGACAAAGUAACGCUAACUCUGUCAUUAAGUCUCUUUUGGAAAAUCUGAAAUUGAUGCUAGAGAAAAGUCAGAUUGCGCUUAAAUAA